AUGGACUCCGCUCAUGAGGACGACAAACGGGCGAAGGCCAUGAACGAUUACCUCGAAGAGCUUCCAUCACAGCACUUGGAGCCCUUGUGGUCCAAGAUGAAUGUAAUGGUUCCACCUACGCCAGCACCCGUCGCCAAGCCUCACAUCUGGAAGUACGCCGACAACCUCCCCCUCCUCCACAAAGCCGCGGAGAUGGUCGGCGAGAAGCAAGCCGAGAGGAGAGUGCUGAUGCUGGUGAACCCUAAUACGGAAUCCCCUUACACAACAGACACCAUCUACGGUGGUCUUCAGAUUGUCAACCCCGGCGAGACUGCACCUGCACAUCGGCACAUCGCGUUCGCUCUCAGAUUCAUCAUCGACGGCGAUGGCUUCACGGCAGUUGAGGGAAAGAAGAUGCCCCUCAAACGCGGCGAUGUUGUCGUGACACCCACAUGGCACUGGCACGACCAUGGAAACGAGAGCGAUGCCCCGGUCAUCUGGCUCGAUGCACUGAAUUUGCCGCUCUUCAGAUUCACCCCGGUGCACUUUGCGGAGCAGUACCACGAGAGCCGUUAUCCCAGCGUCUUCACAGAAACGUGCGAGUGGAGGCAUCCAUGGAACCAAGUCGAAGCAGAAUUGAAGGCCCAGGAGGGUCCCUACGCAAUCCACCACUACACAAGUCACGGUCAGCCGCUGUCGCCCAUCCUCGGCGCGCAGGCCGAGCGUAUCAACGGUCACCACACAACAAUGGAGGUUCGCGAGCAGGCUUCGUUCCUCUACCACUGCUACGAAGGCCAGGGUCGGACCAUUGUGGAACCACCCACAGGACCUCGCGUGGUCUUCAAGUGGACUGCGCGAGACACUUUUGCCAUUCCGGCGUGGUCCAAGAUCCAGCAUAUCAACGAGGAUGCCGCAACGGCAUACCUAUUUGCUGUAAGUGACAGACCGAUGCUGAGCAGCCUUGGGCUGAUCAAGCCGCAAUCGUGA